AUGUCUAAAUUGGAAAAGCAGUUGGCAUCUUGUCUACUAAAGCGCUCUGACAGAUCCCAACUUCGAAAACUGACGACAAUUCCCUCUUCAAACGUCGAUUUUUCUUCCAAUGCAUAUCUUUCUCUAUCAUCGAUCCCAUCGUUAAUCUCGGAUUAUCACGCUCUUCUUCAAAAUCGCCCAUCGUUAGGGUCUGGCGGCUCUCGCUUGCUAGAUGGAAACUCUAGCUUUGCACAAGAUUUAGAGCAAGAUAUUGCAGCUUUUCACAAUGCUCCGGCUGGAUUACUCUUCAAUUCUGGCUUUGACGCUAAUGUGGGCAUUGUGAGCUGUUUGCCUCAAGUUGGAGAUGUUAUUAUUUACGAUGAGCUUAUUCAUGCUAGUGCCCACGAUGGCAUGAGAUUGAGUCGAGCUGCGAGAAAAAUCCCGUUCAAACAUAAUUGUGUGUAUGGCGAGGGUGGUCUUCACCAUGUUCUUGCUGGUCUUGAAGAGGAAACUUUGGUGUUUAUUCUUGUCGAGGCAGUCUACAGCAUGGAUGGGGAUGUUGCACCUCUGAGAGAUAUCGUGUCAUGUGUCCAAUCUAGACUCGCAGGGAACGGUUACAUUAUAGUGGAUGAAGCCCAUUCCACAGGCAUAUACGGUCAACAAGGACAAGGUUUGGUUUGUGAAUUGGGUUUGGAAAAGGAUAUUUUCGCAAGGCUACAUACGUUUGGAAAAGCAAUGAGUUCUUUUGGAGCUAUUGUUUUAUGCUCGUCCAUCACAAAAGAGUAUCUGAUCAACUACGCAAGAACACUGAUAUACACCACUGCACUGCCAUUUUCGUGUCUCGCUAGUAUCAGUGUAUCGUAUCAAUACUUGCAAGGUGGUUUGAUCGAUGCGAGAAUUACGCAUUUAUGGGAUCUUGUGGCUCAUGCGCACAAGCUUCUCCUCUCAUUGACCUCGACAACCACGCUAGUUCGUGUUAAUGAAGAACCAAAGUCGCCCAUUAUUCCCUUAUUCACAUCUCAGCCACGAAGUUUAGCACAGUUCUGUCAGGAGAGGGGGUACACAAUAAGGCCUAUUGUUGCACCAACUGUACCAAGAGGGAGUGAGAGGGUGAGGAUCUGUUUGCAUGCUGGGAAUACUGUAGCAGAGGUUGAAGGGCUAAUUGGGAUCGUUGGAGAAUGGGUUAGACUUCAGGAAGGGGCAGUUGCCAGACUAAACAAGAUGGAGAAACGUGGAUUUGCAUGUCCUGACACUGACAGUGGAGUAUCCGCGGCAGCAAGUGACGAGCGAUAA